AUGACAUGCACUGGGUUCGUUAAGAGCUUUGCUGAUCUUGUCGUGAUUCGGCUCCUUUUGGGACUUUUCGAGGCUGGCUUUCUUCCUGGCGCUGUGCUCGUGAUAUCAAAAUGGUAUCUCCCGGAUGAGACACAAAGUCGAAUUGCCAUUCUUUAUACCUCUGCUGCCUCGGGUGGAGCAUUCUCUGGUCUUCUUGCUUUCGGAAUUGCCAAGAUGGAUGGCGUUGGCGGCUACGAAGGCUGGCGUUGGAUAUUUAUCAUUGAAGGGCUCAUAACCAUUGCCAUGGCAGUUCUUUGCUAUCUCCUGCUCAUAGACUCCCCAGCCCUGUCUCCUAAAUGGCUCAGCACGGAUGAGAUUCGCUUUUUGGAACUUCGUCAAAUUGCGAAUCUGAAUCAGGGUGAGAACCAUAAAUCAUUUGACAUGAGAGCCUUGAUCAGUGUUGUUACGGAUUGGAAGAUCUAUCUUCUCAUCUUCGGCGCCUGGUCAAAUGCUGUUCCUAACUAUGCUCUCAAAUUCACCAUGCCUGAAAUUAUCACCUCAAUGGGAUAUGAUUCUGCCAAGGCCCAGCUGCUGACCAUCCCACCUUACGCUGUUGGAGCCUUUUCUUCUUACGGGUUUUCGGUAUUUGCCGACCGCUAUAAAUGGAGAAUGCCGUUUAUUCUUGUUCCUCAGCUAUCUAUCGUCAUCGCAUUUGCCAUAUUAUUUUCGAAGGCGGCCGCAAUCGAGAACAACAUAGCUCUCUGCUACUUUGGAGUGUGUCUCGCUUGCUUUGGGAUGUACCCUAUUCUCCCGGGUGUCAAUACUUGGAAUGUUUCCAACAACCCCGAUCCGCACAAGCGAGCCGUGGCUAUCGGAUAUCUCAUAUGUAUGGGAAACGUGGGCGGAAUUAUUGGCAGCUUCAUUUAUCGUGCAGAUGAGAAGCCCCGAUAUCCAACGGGCUACGGCACAUCCUUAGCAUUUGCGGCGGCAGGAAUCGUGGCAUGUCUUGUCUUAGAAGGAUUGCUUUGGAGAUCGAACAAAAGAAAUGCGCAUCUCACCGAGGAGGAGAUUCGUCAAAGGUAUAGUGAAGGAGACCUUCAAAAAAUGGCUGAAAGAAGUCCCCUUUUCAAGUACACGCUCUAG